AUGGGCAGCCUCGAUACGGAGGGACUGCCCUGGUCAGAUGGCGAGCCCUGGUUCCUGCAGUAUGUUCGGUUUCCACCCCACUUCACCCGACAGGAGCUCCAUGUACCACCGCCGGGCCCUGAUGUCGAAAUGUUACCUGACUAUCUGAUGCCGCCAACGAAGCGCUACCGCAUCUGCAAUGGCUAUUAUCCGACGCAGGGCCAUCUGAUCGACUCUGCCCACGGCUGGAAUGCGCGGAACUACAGCUGUUGCCACGUUAGGACGGCUGGUGGGAAAGUGGAGGUGGUCCACAGCGAAUCCCUGAACAGGUCUAUCCUCCGAGCCGUGGCCGACAACUUCACCCUGCGCAAUCUCCACUUCCAAGGCAAUUCCAAGCCUUAUAUGUCUAAGCUCUUUGCUCCUUUGUUCCGGGCGUACGAGGGCUUCAACUUCUCAGUCAAGGAAGAGCCGCCGCUCGCUCUCCGGUGA